CUUUUUCAACACCAUGGCAGCAGUAGAAGAAGCACAAUUCUGGCAGGCAAUUGGAAUACUGAUCAAAAACUAUCAUGCUUUGAAUAAAAAGAUAUUCGAGGUAGUCAUUACCCAAGUGAAAAAGCAGCAGGAUGGGCGUCUGUGUGAAUCCAGUGCGGAGGAGCUAUCCAUGUCCCUAAAGGAAGACCCAAACAAGCGCACGUGCACAGUAUUUACGAUCGGAUUCAAACUGCUGCCCAAAAAACUGGGGGAUAACAUCCUAGGCACCGGAAUUGUGGACUUUGAGAAAUGUUUCUAUGAGUGUCAAUUUGCCAGCGAUAGCAUCGAAGACUUCUCCGUGAGACUUAUUGAGGGGCAGUUUCAACUGGAGUCCAAAUCUAAUCCCAACUGGUUGGAAUUUGUGCUCAGGCCAAAGCUUUUAAGCUGGUCCCAGUCCAGGCAAGAUGAAUCAAAGGUGAAGUCACUGGGUUUGGUAAAUGUGGAAAGGUACAAUGAUCUGUACAAGGAAUUGAAACAGAGGCAUUCACAACGCCUUCUAGAACACUGGAAAACCGCCAAGGAAUCCACGGAUCCGUUGAAGUUCAUUUACGAAGACUUGGCCAUCGCCGCCUAUCUCAUAGUUUUAUGGAGUCAGACGCAAUCGGAGCCGAAAGCUUUCGCUGAUUUGGGUUGUGGAAACGGUCUUUUAGUUCAUGUGCUGAACGCUGAGGGCUACAAAGGCUAUGGCUACGAUAUAAGAAAACGAAAGCUAUGGUCUCUUUAUCCGCCGGAAACCCAAAAGAGCCUCAUUGAAAAGGCCGUGGAGCCUAACAACUUCCGCUUGGAUUUUCCGGAUGUGGAUUGGUUGAUAGGUAAUCAUUCGGACGAACUGUCUCCUUGGCUUCCGGUUUUGGCUGGUCGUUUGAACAUCAACUUUUUCCUACUGCCCUGCUGUCCCUAUGAACUGUCAGGAGCCAAGUUCCGCAGGCGGAAUACGAAGAUAAGUGCCUACCAGGAUUUCUUUCUAUACGUCACUCAGGUUUCUCAUGAAUGUGGCUAUGAGAUCCUACAAGACCGCCUCAAAAUACCAAGCACCAAGCGCUUGGCUCUGUUGGGAAUUAAAAGAAAAGCCUCCAAGGCAAUUGGAGAUUUGGAGUACUUUGUCCAGGAAGAGCUAAGAAAGUAUAAAACCAGAGAUGCCGAAAUUAAGCUGCGCGAGAAGGAGGAAGGCGUUCGCAAUUGCACGCAGGUGGAUAAAUCCAUAAUUGAUGCUCUAGUUCUUAAGAUAUUUAAACUGAUUCUGGAUUCCAACGAAGAUAAAUGGCUUGGUCGUCUGCCAAUGCGACAGAUUGCCCAGGCUCUCACCAAGGAGGAGUUGAGUGGCAUCAAAUCCGAGUGCGGUGGCAUCAAAACGUUGAUGCGCAAUAAACACGAAGUUUUCGAGUUCUGCGCUGGUGAUCUCAUAGGAAUAAGAACCCCUAAACCAACUGCUGCUCUCCCCCAAUCCCAUCUUACCAUCAAAAAACGUAGCUGUUUUUUCAAGCUUCAUCACCCGUUGGGAUGUCCUCUCGAGGAUACUGAGUGCUCGUUUAUACACUGAACCAACUCUUUAUAUGUGGCAUUUGCUCACGUUUAUUAUUUGGAUUAAAAUAUAAAGAAAAGUGC